ACUUUUGUCGCACACGAGAGAUCGAUAGUCGCCAUGAAAUUGGUGUGGAAGCAGGGAGGGGCGAAGAAGCGAUCGCGCCCCAAACCCCUCGCUCCAAACCCUAGUCUCCCGUUCGAAUCCGUGGAAGAAGCAUCCGAUGCGAGUAACCUCGGUCGCUCCGAACCCGAAUCGAUCGAUUCCAUAGACCCUGAUCUCGAUCGCCUCGUGGAGUCGCUUCGAUCCCAGGGGAAUCAACUCGCCGAGGAUGGAAGGUACCACGAAGCUCUUGGAAAGUGGGAGGCUGCGCUUAAUUUGAUGCCCGACAGUGCAGUACUUCAUGAACAAAAGGCUCAGGUUUUGCUUGAACUCGGCGAUGCAUGGAAUGCCCUAAGAGCAUCUACCCGGGCUACGCAACUGAAACCAUCAUGGCCAGAGGCCUGGGUUACACUUGGUAGGGCGCAACUAAACUACGGAGAACCAGAUUCAUCCAUUGAGAGUUUUGACAAGGCUUUAGAAAUCAAGCCGGAUUAUGAGGAAGCGAAAGUUGACAGAGAAGCGGCGGUUCAUCUCGUAAAGAAGCGGAAGCGACUGCAUCUCUCGGGUUUGAGUGACAAAGAAAGACGAUUUAGGGUCGUAGACAAGGCCGAAGGUUCCGAACCCUGAGUUGUAUUUUGUAAAUGUGCUACUAUGUCGCGGCAAACUUGCUGUGUUCUUAUUGAGUUGUGCCGCAAAGAGAGAAAUAGGGUUUUGCCGAGAAUGAAUGAAUGUUUGCAUGGAGAGGCUUUACUCUUAGAUUUUGAGCAUAGUUGUGGAAAGCUUGUACAAAGGAUAAUAAAAUAAAAAUAUCUUUACACACUUUUUGUUUUAUGCAUUA